AAAAAUCUACAAUAAAAUAAUUUGGCUGAACAUGUGUAAAAAUACAGUUUCUUUUUUUUCAGAUUUUUUCUUUAAAGUUGAAUACGUUGCCCAGUAUUUCAUGACACUUGAAUUUAACCUAUGAUAAUAGCCACAGAAAGGUUGUCUACAUCUUCAAAUUUUCUUCUACUGCAAGUAUGAAAAAUUGAAAAAAUGAAUUUUCACUGCCGAAUGACUAAAAUAACAUUGAAUGGUAUUUUAAUAUGAUAUUUCUAUGUUAUUGAUUCAAUAAUUCGAUUGUAAAAUAUGUAUGUAUGUAUCGAUUAUAACUUAAGUACUUCUCUUGUGUAAAUGCUGCUAAUAACUUAAAUACUACUUUCAGAAUAUUUCAAUAUAAUUUAUAGUAAUAUUCGCUUUCACCUGCUACUCAGGCAAACAUAACCCUUUUAAAUGUUUGUUGCCACUUUUUGAAAUAUCUAAUUUAGCCUGGCACAAGACAGUACAACCUAAUAAAACAUAAUAAUUAUAGUUCAUGUAAAAGUUUUCAAGAUAAUUUGGCUAAAUUUAAGUUGAUUAAGGUUUACAGUCAGUAUGAGUUUGAAAGACAGCAACUUACUUAAUAUCCAUGCAGAUCUGGAAUCUUUUUCUUGUAGCAUAUGUUAUAAUAGUUUUUCAGAUAGAAGUCAUCUUACUGAGCAUAGUCUCGUUCAUACUAGUCAGAAACCUUAUUCUUGUAUAGUAUGCAAUAAAUGCUUUUCAUUAAAGAGUAAUCUGAUUGAGCAUACUCUCGUUCAUACCGGUGAGAAACCUUAUUCUUGUAAUGUAUGUAAUAAAAGUUUUUCACUGAAGAGUUCACUAACUAGACACAGUCGCACUCAUACUGGUGAAAAACCUUAUUCUUGUAGUAUAUGUAAUAAAAAAUUUUCAUGUAGGAGUAAUCUGACAGAGCAUAGUCGCAUUCAUACUGGUGAAAAACCUUAUUCUUGUAGUGUGUGCAAUAAAAGUUUUUCAUAUAGGAAUUAUCUGACUGAGCAUCGGCGCACUCAUACUGGGGAAAGACCUUAUUCUUGUAGUGUAUGUAAUAAAAGUUUUAUAUCUAGGAGACAUCUGACUGAGCACAGUCGCGUUCAUACUGGUGAGAAACCUCAUUCUUGUAGUGUAUGUAAUAAAAGUUUUUUAUAUAGGAGACAUCUGACUGAGCAUAGUCGCAUUCAUACUGGUGAAAAACCUUAUUCUUGUAAUGUUUGUAAUAUGACUUUUUCACGGAAGCAGCAUCUAACUAGACACAUUCGCAUUCAUACUGGAGAAAAACCUUAUUUUUGUAAUGUAUGUAACAAGUAUUUUUCUCAGAAGCAAGAACUAUCUAGACACAUUCGUAUUCAUACUGGAGAGAAACCUUAUUCUUGUAGUGUGUGUAAUAAAAGUUUUACGCGAAAGUCUGCAUUAUCUGUCCACAGUUUUGUUCAUACUGCUAAAUAGUUUUUAUUUUUGUAAAAAUAGGAAUAAAAGUUUUAUUUCUUCAUUA